AUUGUAAUACAUUUUAUUGGUUACAAAACAUAACAUUAGUGUGAUUCGAGAAGCAUAAGCAUCCAUGGCAGACAAACCAAGCCGAUCGUUAGUGUUAUACGGUGACGGCUUAGCUCGUUUCAUCGAUUCAUCAUCUUCGCACCACCUUCACUCUCUCGCUUCCCUUUCUUCCUGCGCUCUCUUAUCUCUCUCCAAUUCUCCUCCCUCAGAAAGCGAGGAUGAUAGAAUUAUUAGAGAAUUCGCAUUGCUUCUUGAUGCAUCAUCCCAAACUCAUCAACAAACCUUACCUGAUAGGUUUAUGGGAAUGAAAGCUGCUAUAUUCACCAACCAUUCAGGGUUGAAAUCUUUUAGUACCAAACUUGGCUUCAGUGUUAUUCAGUUGGAUCAGUUGGUGAAACAACAAACUUCUGAAUCACAACAUAGUGAUGUUGUGGCUGUUGAGCUUCUCAAGUUGCUUGGCUUUCAAGAAGGGAAGGUUCAAGACAAUAACCAAUUUGAUCUUGUUUUCCUUCACGUUGGAGCUGGCGAAAAGGUCAAUGGCAGUGAACAGAAUGCUGAUGUGGAGCUUGUGGAUGCAUUGGUUGGUGCAUUAAUGAGACAAGCACAGCCGGGAUCUGACAUCGGUUCUCGGCUGCACUUGUCCGUUGUCAUGAGCUAUGGCAAGGUCUUGGAGGAUGAUGAAUCCAGGUUUUCAGUGUCAAAGAAUGUUGAUGAGAAGGACUCUUGUUUUUCAACGCUCUAUCCUUUACAAAGUUAUGCUAUGAAAGGAGGAGCUCCUCGCAAGGAUGUGAGGCACCAUUCACCCAUGUUAAUUGCUCAAUUGCAACAUGCUGUGACCCGCAAGGAUAAUACACAGAAGUUUUCCUUCCAAGACUUCAUCGAGAAUGGUGGAAAUCUUACAAUACCCGCAGAUAGGUUCUUGCACGAGAUAGCCUUUAAAAUGUGGAAAGCUCCAAAAUAUGGAGCUUGAUUCCCAUCCCUCCUUUUCUUUUCAACUCCUUGUAAGCCUCUUGCCAUAGCAGCAGAGGUACUUGAAUAUGUCCAGCAUGGUCCACUAAUGCUGAUUAACAUGUUUGUUUCGUAUCCUAAACUCUGUUACUCCGUGUAAUAACCAAGACUUUGAUGAUUGGAUGGUACAAUACAACUAUCUCAUCCCGCUUUAUGUUGGUAAAAAAAUAUAUGAUAGUAACACAUAAUUUGACUCUAA